AUGAUUACAAAUAGCGAUGUUGGCGUAGAGAGUGUACAAUUGGAGUUGGAGGAGUCAGAUAUUUGUGGUGGCAUAAUUGAGAGCGAGAUUAUAGGUGAAGGUGUUUUUAUAAAUAGUGAGAUGACGGAACAGGAGCAGGAGCGACCCCCAAAAAGAGGUCGAGAAAAAGAUUCAGAGGAGGUGUGGAAAGUGUCGAGGAAGUCUAAGAGAUUUGGACGAAUGAGUCAGGAGGGAGAUUUAGUAAGAAUUGCAGAGGAUUUAAUUGAAGUUAGCUUAACGUGUACAGAAAAAUUACCAAAGCAAUUUGGUUUGGCGAAGUUGUUGAAAAGUGAAAAUAUUAAAAAUAUUAUAAAAGUGAAAUACGUCAAUAGUUACAAAGUAAUUAUUCAAUUUAGUUGUGAGGUUAGAGCAGAAACGAUGGUUUAA